GUUCUGACAGGCUUUCCCUCUUGGGGUUCCUUCCAUUGCUCACUUAUUCAUUUUCUCUGCCUAACAAUAUUAUGUCCGAUAAUAACGAAUCCACUAAUAUCGAAUCCACCAAUAACGAGCUGGCUCGUCUCGAUAAGUUUGUCGCUGCCGCACCUGGUAACAACUAUAACAUCGAUCAAUACCAUCAACAGUUAUGCCGUCAACUUCCCGGAGGCCAGGAAGAAUGUGUAAAGCUGAAAUUAGAAUACACAGAAAUGUUUUCACAAAUGCAGAAGCUGGGCUUCUUCUGUGCUCUGCCCAUGGAUCCGACCAAGACCCAUAUGGAAUGUAGACGUGUAUAAAAAUUUAGAUGACGACAACCGUAUUAGUUAUAUUGCUUGUGAAUUAAAAAGCGGAAGGGAAAACAUGCUGUAUCUGGCACUCGUUUACGUUUGUGUUACACGCACGUCAUUAUCGGGAAAAGAAAAAAAAU